CCAAUUUUAGUAUUUAUGUAAAGUGGGCGGGGUCAUUGGUGGACUGGCAUUGCGACCUCUAACAGCACGUACAGUCUGACCACAGCUGAUAACAGUAUGACACAUAACGAAGAGAGAGCGAGUUGGAUAAGAGAAGGGGCCAUAGGGCUUGGAGUGGGAGUUCUGUAUGGCAUCACAAAUGUUUGUGUGGGGCAUCCCUUCGACACUCUCAAGACAAAGAUGCAGGCCCAGGUGGGAUUUGAGAAAACAAACAUGAUACAGACGUUUGCACAGACACUCAAGACACAGGGAGUCCGAGGGUUGUACAGAGGCUGUAUCCCUCCCCUGUGGGGGUCUGGGAUCUACCGGUCAACACAGUUUGCUGUUUUUGAGGGCAUGUACACGUUGAUGGACACGCCUGGCUGGCGGUACGAGGUGCCGGGAUCGGGAGGCGUGCAGCUCCGGGUGCUGGGGGCAGGUGCCAUCGCGUCCACGUCCAGGGCCAUCAUAGAAACACCUCUAGAAUAUGCCAAGGUACGAGGACAGACAAACCAGAAGUGGAAGCUCAGCAAGGUGUACACGGGCUUCGGUGUGACCUGGUGUCGGACGAUGGGGCUGAUGUGUACCUACUUUAUGUUGGUGGAUUCAGGAAGGCGACACUUCCCUGAACACUUCAAGAAGCCCCUGAUUGGUCCAUUCCUUACAUCUGGCAUUGCGGCGACACUGGCGUGGUGGAUUGUUUGGCCACUGGAGUACAUGAAGUGCCAGGUGCAGUGUGACUAUGGCAGGCAUGUGUCGGUGAUGGAGCGGAUGAGAAUCAUCGUGCGGGAGAGAGGCGGGGUGCUGGCUCUGUAUCGCGGUCUGAUGCCUGGCACCAUCCGCAGCUUCCUGGCUAACGGAACCAGCAUGAUGGUGAUGUCCUUCGCCCAGAGGAUUGUCUCGGAGUGGGGUCUGAGGGGUUGACUGUAAUCUCACAAACAAGUAGUGAGUGGGUUGGGGCUAAAUACACCUUUCAACAGUUUGGCAUCAAAGAAUGGCAGCUUUAUGUGAGAGGAAAGUCUGAAGAGUAUCUGUCAGCCCCACAUACACUGUCCCUUAUAUCGUACACACUUAUCCACAUACACUGCCUUGUAUACAUCUCCGUAUACACUACCGUGUGCACACUCCGGCGCAGUGGUGACUCAGCAUAACACCACUGCCACAGGCUAAUUUGCAUAUCACAUGACCGGACUUUUCUCUUGUUUGUAAACAAACACGCUUUUUCAGAAAUCAGUAUAGAACGGACUAAUGCAAGUAUUUGGGGGCGCUUAACAUAUUGUUAUGCAUAAUAAUAUAGAUAUGCUACUACCACUGCGACAGUGAAUUUCAUGACAAUAUAUAUUUAUACAUCAAAGUGACCGUAUCGCUAGCUCUCCGUUGGGCUUCGAAGACUGCACGUGGAGCUGUGCAACCAAUGUAAACAAAGGAUAACUACGCAAAAACAAAUAGAUUUUCACGUAUUAGGAUACUUUCUUAAUGAACCGUAACCAUUCUUUGACAUUUGUUUAUGAAAAUGUGUAGACUUGUC